AUGCCUCGGUUUUCCGAACGUUUCGUGUGUCUCGUGAAUUUCUUCAAGGAUAUUUCUGGCCAGUUGCAGGUCGUGUGCAAAUGUAGAGACGAUGACGUCGAGACGAGCUUCUCAAAACUGGAAAACGUUCUUCCGUUUACACGUCAACAAGUACGUUUUUCACAGCACCCAUAUUAUGGAGUGGUAGCCAAGGUAGACCAAGAUAUCUCUGCGGAGAUAAUCCUUAACAUGAAAGGAAUUGUCGACGACUUCAUCACAGUGAUCAGAGAUGAUGUCUGUACAAUCGAGAGCACUCAACUCACCGGCUGCUACCAGUGUAAAAAAGGAGCAAGAGCUACGGUGACAUGCUUAUCUACUUUCUACAACAUAUCGGCAUUGUAUGCGGCACCAACAGCUUCACCAUCCUUUGUUCUCCUACUGGCGCAUCAUCCCAAAUCCAGUUUCUUUAUGAGUCAGCUAGAAUACAAACUAAGUGUUCUGUCAAGUGCGGUUUGCGAGUGA